AUUUUCAUACUCUUGUUGUGUUGUGAGUGAAAACGCAUUUUUAUCUGUCAUCGUACUCCUUUCUAACUUUUAGACGUGAUUGAUUAGUGUUUAGACAGAACGAUGGCGACCACACCAGCGUCUACUGAGGCUAAACCCAAGGUUGAUCUUGGCAUCCUCGAAGAAGACGACGAAUUUGAAGAAUUUCCCACCGAAGAUUGGACUGCCCGAGACGAAGAUGAAGAAGACAUCAGUGUGUGGGAGGAUAAUUGGGACGAUGACAAUGUCGAAGAUGAUUUCAGUCAACAGUUGAGGGCGGAGCUGGAGAAGCAGGGCCAAGUUUUGAAUGUCUGAGUCUACUGAAGAAUAAUUAUCUUUAUUUGAAGAAAGUCCAUGCUUUGCUUUGUGUACCUGGCUUGUUGACAGCUGAGCCUGUCUUCUACUUUAAUUUUGAUGUCACAUAAAUCACUUUACCCAUAAUCCGA